AUGGACCAGGACCAGGAUCCCUUUGCCGUAUGGGCCACUCCGGACCCCUUGUCCGACAAGCCAGCAGCGUCCUCAGAUGCGACACCGAUCGCCUUGACAUCAAGCGCACCCGAUAGCCUCCGCGCUUCCCUCGACGGCGCCAUCCCCGACGACGAUGACGACGAUCCAGGCUGGGGUACUCCCCCCGCCGCACUCGAGCCCUCUCAGCAACCUGGCAAGGCAGAACACGCGGAAACAGGCGACGCCAACGGCAGCCAGCCCGCUGAGCAGCUAGUUACAGCAUCAAAGCCGACCUCGGACGACGACGAGAAGUCAGCAGCAAAUACUCGAGAGGCCCUCGACGACGCAACAGAGGCGCAGGCCCAGCCAGAGGAGGAGGGGCAGCAGCAGCAGCAGGAUCCCACCAACCUUGCCAAAGACCAGGACGCUCCGUCUGAACCAACACCAUCGGCCCCAUCUCCCCCCGCCGAGACCCCUGACACACCAGCACCAGCCGACGGUUUCGACGACUUUGACGACUUUGACGAGCCAGCCGGCACCACCAACGCUGCUGCCGCCGCCGACGACGAAUUUGGAGACUUUGGCGACUUUGACGACGGCGCUGCUGCCGACGAGGGGCAGCAGGAAGCGUUCGAGGAUGGCUUUAACGAUCAGAGCUCGGCUGAGCCGGCCCCUGUGGCCGCAGCGACGCCAUCAGCACAAUCGGCGGCACCCGUCAGGUCCUGGUCGGCCUUGCCCGUGUCGCGCGACUCGAGCAGGGACGACCUGUUUGCCCCGGUCCAGGAUCUCCUCCCCACAUCCACCGCAGCGGCACAGCACAUGGCGACCGACGGCCUCCGCCAGGUCGAAGGUCUGGCCCAGGUGCUGGUCAGUGAGCCGAGCCGCCAGCUGUGGAAGGAUCUCUCUGCGCUGCCGCCCAUCAAGCCAAUCGACUGGAUCCGCUCCCGUACGCGGCGCGACUACCUCAUCACGAUGGGCGUACCCGUCAACCUUGACGAGAUCCACAACUCGUCGCAUGGGCCCCUGUCGGCCUCGUCGUCUUCGAGCGGAUCGCGGCUUCCUCCGCUGCAGCUCAAAUUCGACUCGUCGAGGUCAGCAGGGCCCAGCAGCGCCCUCUCGUCGGAUGGCGUCGGGAGCGCGGGCCUGCAGAGAAGCAGCAGCGCACAGCAUUCGCCGUCGGCCAGCCUGGGCGGGCCGAUGGCGGGCCAGCAGCAGCAACGGAGCGCCAGUGCCUCGGGGAGCCCGCGCAAUGGCACCCAGAGCCCGGCGCUUGGGCAGAGCAACAACCGCGAGCGCCUCGCCGAGCGGCGGCGCGAGGAGCUCGGGCUUGGUCCGCCGCCCGACGUCGAUCUCAAGCGCGCAGAGGAGCUCGUUGGCAAGACUGAAGAUGAUCUGUCGCUGCUGUCGCUGCCCGCACUGCGAUCGAUGCUGCGGGAGCUACACAGCCUGACGACGUCGACGUCUUCGCUGCUGACGCACCACCUGACGAUACGCGAGAGCCACCAGGCCGACUCGGAGAUGUACAACUCGAUGAUCAAGGAGCUCGUCACGGGCGCCGCGAGCCGGAUUGGCGGCGGCGGCGGCGGCGGAGGGGCGGGCGUGUCGAGGAGCGGCAGCCUUCGCGGCGGCGCGGCGUCGUCGUCUUCGUCGUCGGCGGGCUCGGGGGCGGAUCGGAGGGCGACUACGAUUGGCAUUGGCGCGAAUGCGAUUGCCAAGAACCGCGCGGCCAUGGCGGGGGGCGGUAGCCGGCUGAGCGGACAGGCUGGCGGGUUCGUCAACCCUUCUGGGCUGCGCGGAGGGCGGGCUGGGUAG